GGCUGUGUAAUAGAGGAUCAAACCCGUAAUGUAUCAUGGGGAAAUUGUGACUGACCGAUCUACAAAUAAUGAUCAGUUAUUUAUGAUGCAAGUCAGUCGGAGCAAGCCCUGUGCCUAUAAUCUACAGUAGGCGACCUGGAACAAGGGGAGAAGGCAAGCCCGCAUUUCUAUGGAAACUGUAACGCAGGUGGGGAGAGGAGCCGCUGAUCUUUGUUUGUGUUGUUUGACAGUUGGCUACAGGUUGCUUUACAAAUUUGUAAGACUGCAGGUAUCAUGGCAGGGACGUCACGACAUGAUCGGGAGAUGGCUGUGAACGCCAAAAAACAGCUGUCUGUUUGCACAGACCCUGUGGAUCGACUGAGGAUGCAGUGUCUCGCACGAGGCUCUUCUGGCAUCAAGGGUCUGGGCAGAACAUUCAGGAUAAUGGAUGAUGACAACAACCGUACAUUGGAUGUGAAGGAGUUUAUGAAGGGGCUUAAUGACUACGGUGUCCUCAUUGAUAAAGAUGAGGCCAUGACAAUGUUUCAACGUUUUGACCGGGAUAACAGUGGACUCAUUGACUUUGAUGAAUUUCUCCUCACUCUCAGGCCCCCGAUGUCCAAUGCCAGGAAGGAGGUGAUCAUGCAGGCCUUUAGGAAACUGGAUAAGACUGGUGACGGAGUGAUCACUAUUGAAGAUCUGAGUGGGGUUUACAAUGCCAAGUACCACCCCAAAUAUCAAAACGGGGAGUGGACAGAGGAGCAAGUAUUCCGCAAAUUCCUGGACAGCUUCGACUCUCCUUACGACAAGGAUGGAAAGGUCACCAUGGAGGAGUUUCUCAACUACUACUGCGGAGUCAGCGCCUCCAUCGAUAGUGAUGUCUAUUUCAUUCUCAUGAUGAAAAAUGCAUGGAAAUUGUGAGUUUUAAGUUGAUAACUUUAUGAUGAUUUAUGAUGGACAGUUUUUCAAGGUGCCUUCUUAAACAAAUAUUUAAUUAUAGAAAUCAUGUUGACACAUUAAUAAUGUCCCAAUGAUAUGCAAAUGAUUAUGAAUGACUUGUAAAUAUUUAGUGCUGUGUGAAAAUAUGUAUUUUAAUUAUACAGUCACUUUCUCCAGAAACAACCAAUAUUCUGUAUAGUAGAAAUUGAAAUGUGAUGUAUCUGUACAUCUGUGGUCCACAGUUCCAAUGUUAGAUAUAUCUUUAUAAAGGCACGGGAAAUCAUAAAGACUGAUAAGUACAGUCAUUUCAGGAGAUGAUGAAAGCAGAGGAAAUGAUACAACUACAUUUGUUUGUGAAAUUAAUCUGUUUAAUAAAAAUGUUA